AUGGAACCAGAGUUUGAGAGAGGGUCGUUGCGUUCGAGUGAAGAAGAAGCUGAACUGGCAAGGAGUGUCAAAAAAUUCAAAGAUAAUUCUAGUAACAGUUCCUUUAUCCCACCCCGCAAACAGGCCUUCCGUUUCGAUGCAGUUGUAGAUGUUGAUGGUGAAUCUGAUACUAAGUUAGAGGAACUCGUUGAUGGCAUGGUGGAUGUCCAUCUUUCCAAAGAGACCAAAGCCCGCAUCAGGGCACCUUGGACCAAAGCUUUGAUCGUGAAAGUUUUUGGUAGAACUGUGGGUUACAGCUACCUUACUUUCAAAAUCAAUGCCUUGUGGAAACCAGUUGCCAGAAUGGAUUGUAUUGAUCUUGGAAGGGAUUUCUUCCUCAUAAAGUUCCAUGAUGAGUCUGAUUAUGAUAAAGUGUUAAGAGGGGGUCCAUGGUUUGUUGGGGAUCAUUUCCUUGCGAUCAAACCAUGGGAACCGUAUUUUCAAGCAUCUGAAGCUUCGUUCUCUUCUGUUGCUGUAUGGAUUCGGUUUCCAGAACUACCAAUAGAAUUUUACGAUGCAUCGGUGCUGUGUGAAAUAGGGUCUGCCAUUGGGCCAGUCCUUAGGAUUCACUCUUAUACUGCUUUCGGUUCGAGAGGCAGUUAUGCUGCUCGCCUAUGUAUACAAAUUGACCUCUCCAAACCCCUGAUCACUGCGGUGAGGUUGGGUAGAUUGCGCCAAAAGGUUAUGUAUGAGGGCAUCUCGUCCUUGUGUUUCUGUUGUGGUAGACUUGGCCACAAACAGGAAAAUUGUAGCUAUAACGUCAAACCUGUAGAGAAAGCUAAAGUUGAUGAUCAAAGCUCUCAAACAUCAGGUGGUCUGCAUCUGAAGUUCAACAAAAGGACAAUACCUUUGGAGAAUGGAUGA